GUGUCAGGAAACUCGGGGUUAAUGGGAAGGGUUCGGGGGCAUGGUCGGAUGUUCGGAGGGCCAAGGUAGUCAAAUGAACACGCACUUCAAUGCAUUUCGGAUGGUUUUAUGAUGGAUUUCGUCCUAGCUGCUUCCUUGCUUGUGUGAAGCUGCCCUAUGAGAGUUGUGCUGGCGGGUCUGGAGAAAGGUUGGGAGCAUCUCGCUGGUAGCAAGAGCAAAUUAUUGUUCCAUCAUCUGGAUCAGGCUUGAUCCUAUAUCGAGUCCUCGUCUCAUGUUUUUCAGGUCCUCAAUUCAAGGUCAACAAUCUUUGUGUAACCGUACUUCAGGAACAAGAAUUCAGCUACGACACCGAUGGAACAUGCAAUCUGACACGACUCUUCACUCAUAUACUCACACACUAGCGCACAGCAGGUCACCACACUGGGUAUCAUUCCACCAUCACCUAACGCAACUAAAAAACUGCUGCCGCUCCCGUUGCCAAGCGAACAAACAAGCAACGGCUGACGCUGGGUGCUUCAUGUCGGCAAGCCUCCCUCCAGCCAGGCCCGACCCCUUGAGACCAUCGCAGCCGGUCAGCCAGGUUCUGCUCGCUCAUCUCGACAACGCAUCCACCGAGGCCAGCCCGUUUGGGCCAACCUAUCCACACAGUUCAAUUCCAGUCCAGUCUAAUUCGAUCUUCUCUAGACCCGGGCUUCCCAUCUCGACCAUUCCCCGCCCUAUCAACAAUCGCCCCCAAACCCAGCCAAAAACCACCUCUGGCCGGCGGGUCCUUCAUACGAAGAAAGUGGUAUUACAAGAGACUGUACCCCAAAGCCAUAUCCCCAUUCUUUUAUAUGUACCCCGACCCGUGAAGACGCUCUGAACAAGAACCGGGAGCCGGAAACCGAAACGCCUUGCUGUGAUGAAUCGAUGCAUACUUAUGGAGUGAAUGGGGCCUGGCAAGGACAGAAGCCCAAGUGCCUAGCUUGUCAAUUCCUGCUGUUUUCGAGAUCGUGUUGUUUCUGGUGCCACUCGCUCGUAUGGCCAGCUG